AGAGGUGCAGCUCCAACUCGAGACGAUCGUCGGCGCCGUCAGACUGGACGGACACCCCUGACAACAGACGUCUCCAGCGACGCGUCUCCGACCGUCAUCGAGUACCGCCACGUCGACACACUGCCGGAGCAGGUGCAGCACGUCCAGACGGCCCGAUUCCGUCUCCAGUACGGCCGAUCGGUGCUGGAGCACCUGGAGGGGAUCGGCACCGACUGGCUGUGACCGGCCGAGGCCGUCCAACGACGCCGAUGGAGGACGGACCGGCCGACGCCCGCAACGAGCGGCGCCACGCGUGCCAGCGCUGUGGCCAACAGCUGGGAGCACUCCAGGAGCAGAUCGUGCACGUGCACACGGUGCACAAGGACAGGGGCUGGUGCAGACGGUGCCGGACCGAGUUUCCCGAUCAACGGUCCAGCCUGGAGCACCGCGCCCGGUGUCGGCGGACCAACGGUCAGGUCGGGUCACUGACCUAAGACGUCACAAGUGAACCUCUGCACGGUCCUAAAAUGUCGCCACUUCACAACGCCCUCAGUGUCCUCGGUGCCGGCCGCUGCCGCCGCGCCGUUCGCGCGUCAUCCGACCCCGCUGACGGCUGCCGCCGCCGCCUCGGCGCUCCAUGGAUACGCGCCGUUUUACUACGACCCGAUGAUGGCGAACCCGGCGAUGGCAGCUCAGCUCCAGUCGGGUCCAGCGGCGGCGGCGGCCGCUGCCCAGGCGGCCCUGCUCAAGGGGCCGGCCGUCUCUCUGGCCCAGCCCGUCUCGGCGGCCGCCUACAGCGCCGCCGCGGCGCGCGCCUAUACGGCCGCCCUGGCCGCCCAGCAGCCGGCUGGCUUGGCGGCGGGGGCGGCGGCUCAGCAGGCGCAGCUGGCCCAGCUGGCCGCUCUGGGUAUCCCGACGUCUGGGGAGUACGGAUCGGAUCCGUACCUCGGACACGGAGUGGGACCCGUCGCCGGAUACGGGGCGAGUAUGUACCGGGGAGCGUACAACCGGUUCGCGCCGUACUAAAACCACCUCACCACUACUAUUGGCGGCUGGCGAUCGGCUGAAACAAAACCAGUGGCGGCUGGCGAUCGGCUGAAACAAAACCAGUGGCGGCUGGCGAUCGGCUGAAACAAACGAGGCAUCUGGUGUUGUUUUCUCUUUGAAAUCUGGUGACAUUUUACCGGCCGCAGGUGGAACUGCAUUGCAUGGCAGGGAUUUUACCACCAAUGAAUAUUGACAUUUUAGUAAAUGCUGUCGCUGUUGGCAGGCAUUGUUGGCUCAGGCAUUUGAACUCACUGUCAAUAGGGCAUUGAUUGCAUGCCCUGUGUAUAGGAAUCUCGCUCCUGUUGACAUGAUGUCGUAUGCACCGUUCUGCGUUUGGGCGUUCGAUAAGUCUCGUGUCUGUUGUGUUCCGCCUUUUUUCGCGCAAUUCCCCAGAUCUGGGACCGAUAUUACUGCGUCGAUGACGUCAUCCGGCCGCCAGACGGCGCGACGUCAUUACACGAGUGUUGCGGCAGACCAAACGCCAGUGCCGACGGCAUCUGAAGACAUUCGCAGAAAUUGGGGAUAUUUUGUCUCGGGAGCUGUGCGUUGAAUUUCGGGUGUCUGCGUGGCCCGCGACUGAGCUACCGGGCGGCUGGGACGCUCGUCUCGAUUUUGGGGGACGAUCAACACUUAUGGUGGCCCCAUCGUCUCAUUGUUUAGGUCGCGGUGCUGCGUCAGUGGUCGAUUGAUGUGAAAACGCCUGUACAAUACUCUGGAUAAGAUCUGUGGCAGCGAUCCCGGGAUCGAAUCCCACCGUCUGCCGGGUUUUCCUCGCCGCCGUCGCACGCACAUGGGAAUUGGAGGCGGUUGGGUAGUCGAUGCGAGGUGGAUACUGCUCAUUUUGUGUUAGUUGGAGUUACACCAUCUCAUGACGUCAUCUGGCCGUCAUUUGCCUGUCAUCGGACCGUCAUUUGGCCGUCAUCGGCUGUUUGGUGACUGACCGGCGCGGUGACGGCCGCCCUCCCGUGUACAAAGUAGGUGCAAUGUCAUGAAUACAUCCGCGGACAGGUUGACGGCCAUUUU